GCUACUCCUCAAGGUUGACCAGCCCCGGUCUCUCCAAGAGGGUGCAUAUAUAAACUGACAUAAGAUUCUAUGAGAGAGAGAGGAGGGAAAAAAUGUUACUUGUACUAGCCAUAGUAUCUUGUUCCUUGCUUGCAACAAUGGUUGUUUCAGCAGAAGCAAGCAGCCUGGGAGUUGAAGUGGAGGCCAUGAAAGCUUUCAAGAACUCGAUUCUUGAAGACCCUUUGGGGAUUCUUGAAGCAGGGCACCACUGCAACUGGACUGGAGUUGUCUGCGAUCCUUCCUCGGGGCAUGUCACCAACAUUUCCCUAGUUGACGCGAGGCUUGUGGGACGAAUCUCUCCCUUCAUUGGAAACCUUUCCAGGCUCCAGGUUCUUGAUCUAACCCUGAAUUCCUUCACGGGAGAAAUCCCGUCUCGGUUGGGGCUUUGUUCGGACCUCUCCCAGCUCAUUCUCUACCAAAACCAUCUCUCUGGAGACAUUCCUUCUGAGCUAGGGAGCCUUUGGAACCUGCAGAUUCUUGAUUUCGGGAACAAUUUUCUGGAAGGAGCCAUACCCUAUAGCUUAUUCAAUUGCACUUCAAUGUUACAGAUGAGCCUGGCAUUCAAUAACUUGACAGGAAAGAUACCCAAAAACAUUGGUGAUUUAGUUGAUCUCCAGCUCUUUGUGGCCUAUGGGAACAGUUUGGUUGGACCCAUACCUGAAUCCAUCGGCAGGUUGGAAAAUUUGCAGGCUUUUGAUCUUAGCCAGAACCGAUUAUCUGGUCCUAUACCACCACAUGUAGGUAACAUGUCUAGUUUACAAAUUCUUCAAUUGCAUUUCAAUUCCCUUUCUGGCAAAAUCCCAUCUGAGAUUGGUUUCUGUGGGAAUCUCUCCACGUUGAACUUGAACAGCAAUCAGUUCACGGGCAGAAUUCCUCCCGAGAUUGGAAACUUAGAGAGUUUGGAGAUUCUAAGGUUGUACAGCAAUCAACUGACCUCCACAAUUCCUGGAACAUUGUUUCAGUUGAAACUAUUGACUCGUUUGGGGCUAUCCCAGAAUGAGUUGUCUGGUGCCAUUCCUUCUGCUUUGGGGUCCUUACCAUCACUCCAAGUUCUUACCCUCCACUCCAAUAGGUUCACUGGCCAUAUUCCCUCAUCCAUAACAAACUUGACAACCUUAACAUAUCUCUCCCUCGGGUUCAAUUCGUUUUCAGGACCAAUCCCAUCAAAUAUAGGAUUGCUGAACAAUUUGCUUAACCUCACCAUGAACGAUAACCUCUUGGAAGGACCAGUCCCUCCAAGUAUCGUCAAUUGUACGAGUCUACUCGUCAUGGUUCUCACCAAUAACCGAAUCUCGGGGAACAUUCCGGAAGGGUUGGGACAAAUACGGAAUCUCACCUACCUGUCAUUGGGGGGGAAUGAGCUGUCGGGGGAAAUGCCAGACGACCUCUUCAACUGCUCCAUGCUUCAGGUGUUGGACUUGAGUCAGAAUAACUUCAAUGGGAAGAUGAAACCAAUCAUUGGUGGACUAUCCCACCUGCGAAUACUAAGGGCACGCGAUGACUCAUUCGUAGGGGAUAUCCCCAGAGAGAUUGGAAACUUGACCAAUUUGAUGGAUUUAGUGUUGCAUGGGAAUAGAUUUUCAGGCCUCAUCCCUACUGAGCUCUCAGAGCUUGCAAACCUUCAAGGGCUUACAUUGUUCAACAAUGAGUUGGAAGGGUUUAUCCCUAAGAAGCUCUUUGAUCUUAAACAACUCACAGAUCUUCAUCUGCAGAACAACAGAUUGAUCGGCCCGAUUCCAGAGUCUAUUUGGAAGGCUGAGUCGAUGUCUCAGCUUGAUCUCAGUGGGAACAUGUUAAACGGGACAAUCCCGGAAAAGAUGUCAACUCUUAGCAGGUUAGUGGUGUUGGAUUUGUCACACAACAAUCUCACCGGACAUCUUCGUCCAUCGUUACUUUCCGCCAUGAAAAGCCUGCAACUUUACCUGAACCUCUCUCACAAUUUCAUGGAAGGGAUGAUUCCGGACGACAUUGGGAGCCUGGAAAUGGUGCAAGAAAUAGACUUGUCGAACAACCAUUUCUCAGGACGCAUUCCCAGACCACUGAAGAACUGCAGAAACCUAAGAUCUCUUGACAUUUCCAGAAACAACCUAUCCGGCCAAAUUCCACCAGACGUUUUCACUCAGUUUAGCGAGAUCGUGAGCCUGAACCUUUCGCAUAACCAUCUAAACAGCCAAAUUCCCCAGAGUCUGGCAAGAAUUCCGCAUCUCCGUUCACUAGACCUUUCUCACAACAAUCUCAAUGGCACCAUUCCUGAAACCCUUGCCAAUAUCCACACCUUAAAGAACCUCAACCUCUCAUUCAACCAGCUCGAAGGUCAAAUCCCAGAAAAGGGUCUGUUUGCAACAAUUAGCCCCUCAGAUCUGGAUGGAAAUCCCUCUCUCUGUGGAAAACAGCUACUCAAGCAUUGCAAUCGUCCAAACCAUAGAAAAUUUUCAAGAAAAUUCAUAACCAUCAUCGCAGUCGCUUCCGUUUCAGCUCUCAUCCUCCUGUCACUAGUGAUCUAUCUACUCCAUCCGCUAAUCAAGAAACAAAAACAGAAAGACGGAGAAAGCACGAGCCCAGAAUUUACCCCGACAUUGAGAAUCAAGAGAUUUACGAGACAUGAUUUAGAAAGAGCUACCAAUUCCUUCAGCCCAGAAAACAUCAUAGGAACCAGCAGCUUGAGCACAGUGUACAAAGGCGCGCUUGAGAAUGGACAGAUGGUGGCAAUCAAGAAACUGAACGUGAAGCAAUCGCCUUCGGAAUCGGAGAAAUGCUUCUACAGGGAAGUCAAUGUCCUGACCCGACUGAGACACAGGAAUCUGGUUAGGGUUUUCGGGUACGCCUGGGAGAGCAAGGGGACGAAAGCGCUGGUUCUGGAGUACAUGGAGAAGGGGAAUCUGGAGAGGAUCAUACACAGUCCGGACCCAGAAACUCCUCCGGCGACAUUGUCGGAGAGAUUUGAGGUUCUGGCGUCGGUCGCGAGCGGGUUGGCGUACCUGCAUUCCGGCUACGAUUUCCCCAUUGUUCACUCGGAUCUGAAGCCCUCAAAUAUUCUCCUCGACAGCGACUUCCAUGUCCGGAUAAGCGAUUUCGGGACGGCUCGAAUGCUCGGUAUCCAAGAAACCGGCGCUUCAUCAGCUUCUUUUCAAGGAACGAUUGGGUACAUGGCACCAGAGUUUGCAUAUAUGAGGAAAGUGACAACAAAAGUGGAUAUAUUCAGCUUCGGAAUAAUCGCCAUGGAGCUGAUGACAAAGAGAAGGCCAACUGCAGGAGAAGAUCAUCAUCAUCUUCAUCUGCCAAUCACACUGCCAGAACUCGUGCAGAAAGGGCUUGAAGAUGAUAAUGGCAGCAAGAAGGGGUUAUUUGAGAUCCUUGAUCCAUUUUUGGCUGCAAAUGCUUCCAAGAGCGUUGAUGCCAUUGAAGGAAUUCUGGGUUUGGCUCUGUCAUGCGCUUGUACGGAUCCAGAAGCUCGCCCCGGCAUGGAACAAGUUUUGACAACCCUAUCAAGGCUAAGGAAGAUGACUUGAUUUUUUAAGGUCCGGGAGUUUUUUUAAAGGUACCCAAGUGUGCCAACACAAACACACAGACACAAAAUGUCCGUGCAACACAGAUACUUUGGGUCUGUGUGGGUCUGUGUUGGCUUUGGUGUACACUUGGGGUACCCCAUGUUAGUGUACCCCUAGCUUAAUUCUUUUUUAAAACAUGUAUUAAACCAUCAUUAUUGAUAAAUGUCAGUCAAAGAUGUUCAAGUGACAAAUGUCUUGAUUUCAUAUUUUUGAAGGAGAAAAAAUUAAAGGUAAGGUCACAAA